UUUUUCCUUUUUCUUUCCGCGCUGCUCAUUUCUUCGUCUCGGCGUCUCCUCGCGCUCUCUCUCUCUUUCUCCUCUGUUUGGAAUGGAUGCGUAGGGAGGAGGGAGGGAGGAGGGAGAGGGAGCUAGGGUUUUGCGCCUCCUCCUCCUGCAUAUCGUCCUCCGGCUCCGAACCCUCCGGUGUGCGGCGGAUUAGGCUCCAAUGGGAAAGUCUCCGGCGAAAUGGAUCAAAUCCGUGCUCUUCGGGAAGAAGUCGUCGUCGCGGUCCGGCUCCACCAAGGCAAAGGAUUUAUCAAAGGGUGCGAGUAACAAAGGGUAUGCCGCUGUUGGGAAGGAGCCUGCAUUUUCUGAGAGCUCUCCGGUGAUUUCGGAGCCAGUGCUUGUUAACGCCCACAACAAUGAGACCGUGCCAGAGGUGACAAGGGGUGAUAAUUCCAGCUCCCAAGGUGAAGUGGCGGUGCGUGAUGUCAACCAAGACUUGGAAAAGCAGGACACUGUCGGGUCUGAUGCGUCCAAUGACCCUGAGAGGUUGAGGGAAGAGCAAGCGGCCGUGAAGGCACAAGCUGCCUUCCGAGGUUACCUGGCACGCCGAGCUUUCCGUGCAUUGAAAGGGAUUAUAAGACUUCAGGCUUUGAUUCGGGGGCAUCUUGUAAGAAGGCAAGCUGUUUCAACUCUCCGUGCAACAUGGUUGAUUGUGAAGUUUCAAGCCCUGGUCCGUGGAAGAAAUGUUAGACUUUCUCGAGCUGCCAUUCAAACCAGUUUGAAACUUGCUCAACAGAACUUUGGGGGUGCUAAACCGGAUGCAUGGAAGGAGCAAUUAUCUUCAAAUGCAUUUGCUCAUAAGCUACUAUCCUCACCAAUUGUGGUUGAGGCACUUCAUUUUCAAUAUGAUGACAUGGAUUCUAAUUCAGCCUUCAACUGGUUGGAGAGAUGGACCAUAAGUCGUGUUUGGAAGCCCAUUUCCCAACCAAAGAGAGUUGGUUCUGAUGCUAAGCCACACACAAGGAAGGCCAGUUAUGCUAUGGAAACGGAGUCAGCAAAAUUGAAGCGCAAUGCUCGGAAGAGCUCUGCGAUGCCGUUUGAGCCUUCUGAAACAAACACAGCCACAGAAACUGAAAAGACAAAAAGGAAGAAUCCAAGGAAGUUCACUAGCUCUGCUGCCGAUCCAGUGCCUGAUGGCCAGUUAACUGAACUUGAGAAGGUUAAACGUAGCCUUAGGAAGGUCACUAAUUCCACGGGCGAAGCCUCAAAGGUAUCUAAUCCGACAACUGAGAUCCCUGCCCGUGAAGAGGUCCAAUGUGAGAGGCCACUAAGAAGUUCACAGCAAGUUCCAAUUCAUCCUGAGAAUCAAGAGCCUCAGAAUGUCAACCUAUCAGAUAUUGCAAAGGUGGAUAUUCUGCUACCUGAUGUCCAGCCUGAUGUGGAAGUUGCUUCGCAUUCAGUCACAAAUGAAGAAAAAGUUGAUGAACCAGCUGUUGUUGCUCCCGCAGCUGAAAUUAUGCCGCUGCAAGACAUCAACAAUGAAGAAAAUACUUCGUUGAAUGAUAUGGAACAGAGAUCCAAGGAAGAACCUCUUUCUACUGAAAGCCUUAAAAACAGCAAGAGGAGGUCUUCAUUCUCAAUUAAGCCAGAAUAUCCAGAAAAUGGCUCUAAAAAUUCUCCAGCUCUGCCCAGCUACAUGGCUGCAACACAGUCUGCAAAGGCAAAACUGCGGGGACAGAUUUCACCUAGACUAAGCUCUGAUUCAGCAGAGAAGAAUGGUUUCACUCGCCGUCACUCCCUCCCUUCCUCUAACAAUGGCAAGAUGAAUUCGCACUCUCCGGGUACACAAAGGCCUACCCAUGCUGGUGGCAAAGAUGCAGUGAAAAGCGACAAGUCUAUGUUGUCAUCAAGAGAUGCAAGUGAUAAACCUAUCAAAGCUGAGUGGAGACGCUGAAGAGGGCAUAUCAAACUCCAAAUCCUCCAUUUGAUUAGCACAGUUUCAGUGUAUGGUGUCUGCAAUUUGCUCCGAUUGUUUUGUUUGUUAUGUAAAAAUGUUCUCAUCAUCUGAGACGAUGAACCGGCUUUGUCAUGGUGAAUCUGGUGCUGGUUGACUUAUUUAUAGGGUUUUCUGUCCUGGCUUAUUAUGUACAGCUGAAGUGUUUCUCUGGUUUGUUUUUGAUUCCCCACCUUGAGACGAAGCACACCCUCCUGCUUGUUAUGAGAGCUGCUGAUGUUGGAGAUAACUUGGAUUGAGUUGAACAAUCUUUUCCCA